CGAGAUCAUAUGAUAUUUGGUACGCGCAGGCUUUACUUUUUGAUGCAUGAGCAGAAAGACAAUCAGUUCAAAGUUCUUGGGUCAGUUCUCAACAUGGCUGUCACGGACGCGUUUAAGAUAAUUUUAUUAUUUAUUGUUGCUUACGCUAGUUAUACCAAAGCCGAAAGUAAAGUUGUUUGUUACUAUGACAGCAAAGCAUAUUUCAGAACAGGACAAGGGAAAUUUGACAUUCCCUUCCUCGAACCAGCCCUUCAAUUUUGUACCCACUUGAUUUAUGGAUAUGCCGGAAUCAAUCCAACUACCAACAAAAUCAUGCCCUUGAACGAAAAGUUCGACGUGAACGGAGAUAAUUACAGACAUAUCACGGAGCUGAAAAGGAGGUUCCCCGGACUGAGAGUUCUUCUUUCAGUAGGCGGCGGCAAAGAUGUAUCUGGAGAAGAUAAGGAGAAAAAUAUGAUAUACAGGACGAUUAUCGAAUCGGUGGAUAGUCGUCUAGUCUUCGUUAAUUCUGCAAAGGAUUUGGUUAAGAAUUACGGAUUCGAUGGUCUUGAUUUGGCUUGGGAAUUCCCCGAGACAAAACCAAAGAAAAUACAGAGUGGAUUCAAAAAAUUCUGGUCAGGACUCAAACACACGUUCGUUAGCGAGUCUGUGAUUGAUGAAAAAGCAGACGAACACAGAGAACAAUUUACUGCUUUCGUGAGAGAAUUCCGAAACAAUUUCAGACAUGACGGACUUCUGUUGACAUACGAUGCACGUCAGAUCGCUCCCCACAUCGAUUUUGUGACUUUGCAGAAUUUUGAUUUCUAUACUCCGCAACGAAAUCCCAAAGAAGCGGACUAUACAGCUCCACUUUAUGAACUCAUCGACAGAAAAAUCGACGAAAAUGGCGACUAUCAAGUCAGAUACUGGUUGCAAAAUGGAAUGCCCAACAACAAAAUAAUUUAUGGAAUAGGACCAUUCGGAAGAUCAUUUAAAAUGACAGAUGAUUCUGGAAUUACUGGUGUACCACCACUUACCAUCGAUGGACCUGGUGAGGCAGGUCCUUACACUGAAGAACCAGGUCUUUUGAGUUAUAAUGAGGUUUGCUCCAAGAUCGCCAACAAGAAUGAAAUCAAGGCUGGUUAUGUUGGAAAACUCAGAAAAGUCAAUGAUCCUACCAAAAGAUUCGAAUAUUGGAAUACUACUGAUAGCGAUGUUACAAAACGUUUCGGUACAUACGCCUUCCGACUGCCAAAAGAUGAUACAGAUGGUGUCUGGGUGUCUUUUGAAGAUCCCGACACUGCUGGACAGAAAGCUAGUUAUGUCAGAGCUAAAGGACUGGGUGGAAUAGCCAUUGUUGACAUAUCACUGGACGACUUCCGAGGAUUAUGUACCGGAGACAAAUAUCCCAUUUUGAGAGCUGCUAGAUACAUGUUGUAGUUUCUAUAUUUUAGUGUUUUAUUGAGCUGAACAAAGUUGCAAGUGAACUGAAUCAAAAAUUGGUCCACUUGUUGGCAACAAUUGUAUUUCUGAAAUGAUAUUAAAGAAAGUUAACCCUUAA